GCUUAACGGAGUAGAACGUCAGUUACCUGCUCACCUUAAAUGGCAUUAGUUCGUUAGCACUUUUAACAACGGGUCAAACAAAUAUAUAAAUCGUUCGAAGAUUUAUUUUCGUUACAACGUGCAAUCAACUUGACUUGAAUAGUUAACUAUCUAACUAACUAAUUACAUAUUUUCUAAAACUAGUGUUGUGUAGUUUUUCAAUAAAAAAAAUAAAAUAAUAUCAAUUGAACGGUUAAUAUCACGAACGGAUACUUGUAAUAAUAAUUUAACCAAUUUAACAAGAAUACAACUUUUCACAGUGUUUUUAAUUGAUUGAGUGGGUGAAUCAGCCAGGAUGGGAAAACCAGAAGCAUUAAGUUAUGAUGACAAUAAAAUGGCUUACAUCGAUUUGGGUUCGGCCAUUAUACGCAUGGAACAAGAACAGCCACCACAAUGGGCCUUAGAAAUUGCACAAAAAGAAUUGCGUGAAACGCCCGAGAUUGUGGAAGAAGCUAUAAAGAAACUUAAGGAAUUAAUAAAAGCUGAACCCUAUUUGGAACUACCUUUGGAUGAUGAAUAUAUGCAAAUGUUUUUAAGACCCACACAUUAUUAUCCAGAGAGUGCCUUGAAAAGAAUAAAAUGCUUUUUCAAUAUGAAACAGAAAUAUGGUGAAGCCUGUUGCAAUGUCUUACCCGCCAAAUUGGAAAAUGUUUUCGAAGCUGAAAUCCUACAAUUAUUACCCAAUAGAGAUCAACAUGGACGCAGAAUUUUAGUUUUAGAGGCUGGCAAAAAAUGGAAACCCUCAAAAGUACCUUUAGCAGAUCUUUUCCGUGGCAUUCAACUGACAGUUUUGGGCUCGAUGGUGGAACCUUUAUCGCAAAUAUGCGGUGCCAUUGUCAUUAUUGAUGUCGAAGGUUUGCCCAUGGGUCAUGUUAUGCAAUUUACGCCAACAUUUGCCGCCAUGUUAUUGGAUUAUGUGCAGGAUUGUAUUUGCAUGCGUUUGAAGGCAGUUCAUAUUGUCAAUAACUCUUAUAUUUUCAAUAUAUUGUUUAAUAUUUUCAAACCUUUCAUCAGAGAGAAGCUAAGGAAGCGCAUCUUCUUCCAUGGCAAGGAUUACAAAUCUUUGACUAGUCACAUUGAGGCCUCUGCAUUGCCGGCCAAAUAUGGUGGUACUGCCACUUGGGAAUUGCCACCUGGUAAACUAUUAGGCGAAUUUUUCAAUUGUUAUUCAUCCGAUUUUGAAAAGGCAGACAGUUACGGGUUUACCGAGGGCUAUAAAGCUAAGAAAUAAUUGCAGUCCGUGUGCCUUUUAAACAUUAUUGCCAAAUCAUUACAAAAUUCUUUGUAUUGUCUAUUAUAAAGUGUUUUUUAAUUUUAUUAUUUUACACAUUUUUUUUGUUAUUAUGUAUUUGAUUUUAUUAGUAUUUUUAUAUGUUUUAUAUUGUUUUGUACUCCUCUUUCUCCUUCUUCUACGUCUUGUAACAAUUUGAAAUUAGUGUAGUUUUAAAUGUGAUAUUUAUUUCACAUUGUGAUAUUUCUUUCGCAUUAUUUUGAGUAUUUUCUUUGUUUAAAUUUGUUCUAUAUAGUUAUACAAUUUUUAUGUUUAACUGUUUAAUUAAAAAUACACUUUAUAUAGGGAUUAAUUUGAAUAUAAAUAUAAAUUAGUUUAAUAUUAUUAUCUCAUUGAUAAUAAACAAAUAAUAAUACAAAUAAGAAAUAAUAAAAAAUAAAAACUUAUGGUUUAAAGUGAACAA